CCUGCGGAGGCCGGAAGUGGCGCUGUGACGUCACGGCAGCGAAGGUUUCUCGGUACACAGAGAUGAGUGAGUUGGCGGUAGUGUCACGCGCUGAGAGUCAGUUUCCUCCGCUCCUGGACCACAGCUCACAUUAAAGUGGGCGUGGUCUGGUGUUGAUUGACAGGUGGGGCGUGGCAGGAUGAGCGGGGUGGCACUGGGCGUGGACGUGUUGGUGGCGUUGGUGUUGGCGCUGGUGCUGCUGCAUCGUUACGGUGACGUACGGAAACAGCAGCGUGUGGUUCUGCUGGCCACGCUCCUCGCCUGGUUCCUCUGUUUCCUCAUCGCCUUCACCAUCCCACUCGACGUCAGCACGACGAUCUAUAAUCAGUGUGUGACUGACAGUAACCAAGUGACAACACCAAGUUACUCCAACCAGACGUCCAACACUUCAGUGUUUCCCACUCCAAGGUUACCUAAGGUGUGUCACAAACCGUGGAGUUACAUUCCAGACGGGAUCCUGCCAGUGUUCUGGAGAGUGGUGUACUGGACUUCUCAGUUCCUCACGUGGCUCCUGAUCCCGUUCAUGCAGUCGUACGCUCGUUCUGGAGGAUUUAGCAUCUCUGGGAAGAUAAAAACAGCUCUGAUUGAGAAUGCCAUUUACUACGGCACUUAUCUUUUCAUCUUCUGCUCUCUGCUCAUUUACGUUGCCAUCAGUCCACAGUGGCACCUCUCAUGGUAUGAUCUGAGGACCAUUGGCAUCACAGCAGCAAAUACCUGGGGCUUAUUCCUACUGGUGUUGUUGCUAGGAUACGGCCUGGUAGAAAUCCCACGCUCCUAUUGGUUGGCGUCGUGUCACGGACACUUGCUGUCCAAAACGUACUUCAAAGCAGCAAAGCUGAUGACGGAGAAGACAGACGCAGAGGAGAACCUGGAGGAUGUGAUGGAGGACGUCAGAGCUGUUAAUGAGUCUAUCAAGUACAACCAUCCACUGAGGAAGUGCAUUGACACCAUUCUGAAGAAGUGUCCUGCAGAGUAUCAGGAGAAAAUGGGCAGGAACAUGGAUGAUUACGAGGACUUUGAUGAUAAGAGGAAUCCAUAUCCAAGCAAGAAGAGCCUGGUCAAACUCCAUAAACAGGUGAUCUAUGCGGUGCAGAGACAUAAUCGCACUCAGGUACAGUGGCAGAUCUUAUUAGACGAAGCGUUUCGCCUGGAAGAUGUGGCUAAAAACGAGAUUAGCUCCGCCCGCCAGUUUGUCCACAGCCAGCCCUCCGACCAAUCAAACGGCUGCUUCAGGAAGUACAUCUACACACCUGCUGCAGAGUGGUAUUGGGAGUGUGUGUUGCGGAGGUGGUGUUACCGUGUGCUGGCCGUGGUGUUGUGUGUGUUGUCGGUGUUGGUGGUUUGGUCCGAGUGUACGUUCUUCAGCACGCAGCCCGUUUUGUCAGUGUUCGCCAUCUUCAUCCAGAUCGCUGAGAGGAGCUACAACUACAUCUACAUAGAGGUGGCGUGUUUCAUCACCAUCUUGUACCUGUGUUACUGCGUUUACUCCACUGUGUUCCGCAUCAGAGUGUUUAAUUAUUAUUAUCUCGCACCACAUCAUCAGACCGACGCCUACAGCCUGCAGUUCAGCGGCAUGUUGUUCUGUCGCCUGACACCACCACUGUGUUUAAAUUUUCUGGGUGUGAUUCAUAUGGACUCCACCAUCUCACAUCAGGACAGACAACAGACCUCAUACACAUCGAUCAUGGGUUCGAUGCAGGUUUUGUCAUUCAUUGCUAAUGGAUUUUAUAUUUAUUACCCCAUGCUCAUCGUGCUGCUCUGCAUCGCCACCUACUUCAGUUUGGGGACGAGGUGUUUGAAUCUGUUGGGUUUUCAGCAGUUUAUGGGUGACAGUGAUUUGACCUCUGACCUCGUGGAUGAAGGGAAAGAACUUAUCCGUAGAGAGAGGAGAAAGAGGCAGAGAACAGAGGAUGCUGAGAACAGAAGGAGGGAGUGGAGGGAGAAGUAUGUGUCCAGGAGCCGGAGCUCCUACUCAGAGAUCAGAGAGAGUGGCAGUCCCAGCAGACGAGGUCAGUGUGAUCGGACUGAGCUCCUGCAGGAUGUUGAGCCGCUGGAUUUUAACGGAGAUGAUACACAGGAAGUGGAGAACAGGAGGUACGGUUAUCUCUCCACCUCAGUGUCUCGCACUCGUAUCUUUGACGAUGUGUGAGAAGAAGCGAGGGAUCAUGGACAAGAGAGACGCCGAUAUUGCACUACUUCACUUUCUGAAGAGACAGUGUGUGUGUGUGUGUGUGUGUGUGUCACACAGUGUUAGUAACCAUAGCGACUGUAGUUAAUACAGAAGUAUAAAUGAGUAGUUAUUACAGCACAGUGAGAAUGUUAAAUAAUUAGCAGGCGUGUGAGUGUGAUCUUAUUUCUGUUUACAUCCCAAAGCUAUCAGUGACCAGGUGUGCUAAUGAGCUAACUAAGCUAGCAGAAUGCCAACAGAGUGCUAGCAGAAUGCUCACAGAGUGCUAGCAGAAUGCUAACAGAGUGCUAGCAGAAUGCUAACAGAGUGCUAGCAGAGUGCUAACAGAAUGCUAACAGUGCUAGCAGAGUGCUAACAGAAUGCUAACAGUGCUAGCAGAGUGCUGAGCGCUCAGGUACCUGCUGCGUAAAAAACGUUUACACACGUGAUGAAUAUUUACAGCAAACGUGAAGUGACGUUUUUGUCGUUUACACACUACCACCUUAAACCCAGGACAAUUAAAUAGUGCAUAGUCACACACACACACACUCACACACACACACUAACUACACACACACACCGACACACACACACACACACACUCUCACUCACACACACACACACUCUCACACACACACACACACACUCUCACACACUCUCACACACACACCGACACACACUCUCACACACACUCUCACACACACUCUCACACACACUCUCACGCACACACACACACACACCGACACACACUCUCACACACACACACACUCACACACACACACUAACUACACACACACACCGACACACACUCACACACUCACACAGACACACACUCACACACACACACACUCACACAGACACACACACUCACACACACACACACACUCACACACACUCUCACACAGUUCCAGUUUUUUCCUCCAUUCUGGUUGUUGGUUUCUAACAGGGAAAGAUGUUCUUGUCCCUUCACUCGUCUUGUAAACAUGUUGUUCUCACUGGGUUCUUCUUCCUCUAACUGAAAUAUCUGAGACAUUCUGUUGUCUGCACUUUUGGAAUACCUCAAAUAAACACUUUCAGAUGCUGUGUGUUUUAA